UUUUGUUCUUGUCCAAGCCAGAGAAUGCGUGAGAUUCUUCACAUUCAGGGAGGGCAAUGCGGGAACCAAAUAGGAACAAAGUUCUGGGAAGUGGUGUGUGAUGAGCAUGGGAUUGAUCCCACAGGACAGUACGUGGGCAACUCCGAACUUCAGCUUGAAAGAGUGAAUGUUUAUUAUAAUGAGGGUAGCAAUGGACGUUACGUGCCACGGGCUGUGCUGAUGGACCUGGAGCCCGGCACCAUGGAUGCUGCUCGCACCGGCCCUUAUGGCCAGAUUUUCCGGCCAGACAACUUUGUUUUUGGCCAGUCCGGUGCCGGAAACAACUUUGCAAAGGGCCAUUACACCGAGGGUGCUGAGCUUAUUGAUUUCGUCCUUGAUGUUGUUAGGAAGGAGGUUGAGAAUUGUGACUGCUUGCAAGGAUUUCAAGUGUGUCACUCCUUGGGAGGGGGAACAGGUUCUGGAAUGGGAACUCUGCUGAUUUCGAAGAUCAGAGAGGAAUAUCCUGAUCGAAUGAUGCUUACCUUCUCUGUAUUUCCAUCUCCAAAGGUGUCAGACACUGUUGUUGAGCCUUAUAAUGCUACACUUUCUGUUCACCAGUUGGUGGAGAAUGCUGAUGAGUGUAUGGUCCUUGAUAAUGAAGCACUAUAUGACAUCUGCUUGAGGACCCUCAAGCUCACCACGCCAAGCUUUGGAGACCUGAAUCACUUGAUAUCAGCAACAAUGAGUGGAGUUACUUGUUGCUUAAGAUUCCCGGGUCAGCUCAACUCAGACCUGCGGAAGCUAGCAGUGAACUUGAUCCCAUUUCCAAGACUCCACUUCUUCAUGGUGGGAUUUGCUCCCCUGACAUCUCGUGGAUCACAGAACUACCGUGCACUUUCUGUUCCAGAACUGACACAACAGAUGUGGGAUGCCAAGAACAUGAUGUGUGCAGCUGAUCCGCGCCAUGGUCGAUACUUGACUGCCUCAGCAGUGUUCAGAGGCAAAAUGAGCACAAAAGAGGUAGAUGAGCAAAUGCUGAGCGUGCAGAACAAGAACUCUUCCUACUUUGUUGAGUGGAUUCCCAACAAUGUCAAGUCUAGUGUCUGUGACAUCCCUCCCAGAGGCCUUUCUAUGGCUUCAACUUUUGUUGGUAACUCAACUUCUAUACAGGAGAUGUUCAGGAGAGUGAGUGAGCAGUUCACAGCCAUGUUCAGAAGGAAAGCCUUCUUGCACUGGUACACUGGAGAAGGAAUGGAUGAGAUGGAGUUUACUGAAGCAGAAAGUAACAUGAAUGAUCUUGUUGCUGAGUAUCAACAGUACCAGGAAGCCCCUGCUGAUGAAGAUGAUUCUGAAGAUGAGGAUGCUGAGAACUGAAGAUGUUCGACCAACUUGAUGCUUCGCAUGUUACAAGCAGUAUUUAAUCGAUAAUUUUCAGUUCUUUGGUCUUUGAAGUUUCUGGUUAGCUGCAGUGACUGCAGUUCUACAAUA